AUACUUUUCAAAACGUGAACCAGUGUUUAAAUUACUUUUAGCGUUUGCUGCAAUUUACAAACGGUUUUUGGAGUUUACUAUUACUAAAUCAAAAUGAAAUGUACCCGCUUUAACAAGGCGCGCAGUUAAUUUUGGCGCCGAGCUUGUAACAUCUGAGUAGUUGGCGCCAGGCAAUGAAGAACCAAACAGAGACGCAAGAACUUCACGUCAGACAGUAGCGCGAAAUCCAUGAAAUUGAAUUUGCCGGAGAAAGAGGAAUGUUGCUAUUGGUAAUUUAGGCUUUUGUUAAUCUCCGGUCAGUCAUGGCCGAAGAGAAGAAGCUAAAAUUAAAGCGAAAGAGAGUUACUGCCCAAUCUAGGAGGGAGUUGAACCCUAACCUACGGCUCCCAGCUGUCUGCCAUUUAAUUGAAGAAACUGCUAGUAAUCCUACCAGAGGGCAGCCAGGAGCUGAGAGGAAGGAAUUGCCAAUAGCUGUUUCCACCUGGUUAAACAACAAUGAUUUGAAUGAGAAUGACCAUAUUUGGGCUGAAUUGAUAAAAUCUGUGUUUCCGGGCAUGGAAGUGACACAUUGGAAAACUAUGCUAGUGCCAGAGCUGCCUCCUGACCCAGAGAAGGUACGCAGAAGUACAGAACCUGUUAUCUCUGCAGGAAAAGUGACUUUUGCAUGGAUCCCUUUCCCACCUGUGUGCAGAACAGUGAAUCUGGAAAUAAAGCACAGAUCUCACUUUUUCCUCAAUCAGGGAGAUGUGUUCAGGAAAAGGGACAUGAUAGAUACCUCUGAACCCCAAGUGGGCAACUCUCAACAUUUUUUAUCAAUGAGAAGUGAAGGCAAUUUAUCUUCCUUCGAUGAGCCAAAAGGAAAUUUAAAACCUGAAGAUGUUUUUGGAAUAGAUCCAUCAUUGUUCUCUUCAGAAUGUGCUGCAAGCAGGCAUGAGAAAUCUUACCUAAUGGAUGAGCAACAUUGCAGAGAACAUAUGCCAGCUGAUGUUACUCACUGUCCCAUUGCAUCUCUUCAGCAAAACCUAAAGGAACCAAAGCAGUCAGUGUUUGAGCCAAUGUCCAACUUGAAGCCCCAUAAGGAGAAUAUAAAACAGCACAAUGUGGCAAUAAAAGAGAUAUUUUGUGCCGAGGACAAUGCUGAUGCAAUUACAGAGGAAUGCCAGGACCAUACAUUCUCUGAUGGGUUCUGUACCACCAGCAAGAUGGGUACAGAAUCUGCUGUCAGUAAAGGAAAGCCUGACACACAGGUCGAAGGAGAAUUGGAGCUGGAGAGCUGUCCAAUGUGCUUAAUGCAAUUUCCGGCAGGAUUCACUGUUUUAGAAGUUGACAGCCAUCUCGCCAAAUGCCUCUCUGAAAGCACAGAAGAUGUGAUAUGGUAAUUGCUUGGACAAAACAGCACCAUGUUAAAACAGCUUGUACACAAUGCAAAAAGGUCUAUAAAUA